UUGGAAGCUAGUGUGUGUGUGUGUGUGUGUGUGUGUGUGUGUGCGUGCAUCCAGUAGGUAAACUCCCUCCCAGGCUGGAUGUGACGGCUCAGUGUUGGGGGUUCAGACACUUGAUGUAGUGGUGGUGACACAAAUGAGGACGACGGACGCAUGCAGACGCCUCCAGAGGGGCUUCACAGGAACACGUCGUGAUGGUGUUUGUGUGCGUGCAUGUGUGUGUGUCUGUCUGUGUCUGUGUGUGUAUGUAUGUGUCUGUGUGCAUGCUGUGGAGUUCUGAUUUGUACCAUGCAGCUAUUGCACCCGACUCAGUUUAUUCUCCUUUAGUUUCAUGUCUUUGAGCGGUUUCCAAGUAAAUUCCAUCAUUUCAUUCAUUUAGCAGUUCCCAUAAGUUCCAUGCGACGGUAGCUCUCAUACCGUUUCCUUUCCCACGGUGAGUCUCAGUUACCGUAAAGACCGCAUGAAUCCCGCACGUACACUUGUGACGCUGGUUCUCAGGCAUCCAGACGAGCCUUCAGCCACUGCAGUGGCGCUGAUUUGGACCCUGGAUCACCGCUUCUGUCCGGCUGCGGCGGACGGUGGACACGUGCCGGGCAACAUCUGGCCAGUGGUUUUGCUGGGAUUGUGACAGGGCCCAGCAGAACGCUGGUGCUGCUGGCCUGUUCGUUCGUCUCCGGGUUUGGACUUUUUUUAGCUCCCUCCGUCCCUCCCCCGCCAGACCUCACGUCCCGCUUGUCAAGUAUGUGAACGCGAUCCGCGGCCUGCGUCUUAUUUCGGGCUGGUCUCCGGCGAGGCUCGGUUCCGCCCUCCAUGUCGCUCCCGGUGGUGCUGCCGGGCUCCUGCUGCGCCGUCAUCGGGACCUCGCACCUCGCGGAUCCCACGCACCGACGCCGAGCGCGCGGCCCGCCCGCGCCCCGGGCCGCGGGCGGCGUCCGGCGGCUGCCGCCGCGGCGGCCGCUGCUGUGGCUGGGCUUGUUGCAGCUGCUGCUCGGCGGCUCCAUCGUGGCGCUGUCCUUCGAGGCGCUGUCCCUCAGCAGCCUGGCCUCCGUCAGGAACGCGUGUCCCUUCUGGGCAGGCUGCUCGGUGGUUCUGUUGGGAGCCGUAGGCCUCACAGCAUUGAGACGACCCAUGCCCGUGUUGGUCAAUGUGUUUUUCCUGCUGUCUGUGGUGUGUGUGCUCCUUAAUGUGGCUGGAAUCCUGCUGUGCAGCCAAGGCGCCCAGCUGGUGUCCAGUAUGGACAUCUGCCAAGCGAGUGAGGAGGGAGAUGUAUGUUACUGCUGCCGCAUGUCCCGCGCCUCCAGAUGUGCUACUAAGAUCAAGCUGCUGAAGCUCCACCCUGGAAACUCCUGCAGCUCCACGAGGGUCCAGCUCAAGAAUGUGUUGUUUGUGCUGUGUGCUCUGAACGCUCUGACCUUAGCGGUGUGCUUUAUGGCAGCUGCCCUCAGAUAUCUGCACAUCUUCUACACAGAGACUCCUUCUUCCUCUCCCUGUAUGGACGAGCCCAGGACCCCGGCUGAGGAGCGGGAGGAGCCUGCUCAGAUCCCAGAUCCAGAGGAGUUUGUGGCUCCUGCGCCUCCUCCUUCCUACUUCUCCACCUUCUCCUCAUCCACGCCUCGCUUCGCUUACCAAAUGUUCUACAGGCCUGGAACCAAAGGGGCAGAGGUGUGUCCGCUGGACCCUCCUCCUCCCUACGAAGCUGUCACACAGGAGGCUGAGUUCACUGUGGGCCCAACCGCGACUUCUUCAGGAGCCUCUGUUCCAGGAAACGUUCAGACCAAGCUGCAGCCUCCCCCUCCUCCCCCUCCUCCUCCUCAGCAGCUCACACCAAUACUAAAUUGUGGCCGGCGAGUGGGGAGCUGCCGCUCCAGCAGCGACCCGGUGCUGAUGGACCUCACGGCUAAAGUGUGGAGCAGCUGUGGUGCUCCCCACGCUUCGCCUCCUCAAACCACAGACUCUUCCACCCAGACCUCCCAGUCCACGCUGACUGCCCAGAACCAGACCCAGGCCCAGGCCCAGAACCAGGCCCAGGGUGGGGUCACACUCAGACGAGGCAGCAGGACGCCGCGCCGGCCCCGGCCCUCGUCCAUGGUGGACUACCAGAGCUACAGACACACACAGCAACUGGUUAGAAGGAUCCUGGAGCAGCCGGCCGCUCAGGGCCUGGCCCCUGAGGUCCAGGAGCUGGUGGACAGCAUACGAAGCGUCCUUCAGUCAGACCAGGAGCACAUGGAUGAGGCUGUGUGCUGCGCCAGUUACAUAGAACAGGUGUUCACCGAGUCACCGAUGGGUCCCGUUCAUCCCGAUUCCCAGCAGCAGCCAGGACACAGAGCUUUGCAUACGUUCCCUGGGCUCCUGAGGAGAAGACCUGUCCUGCUGCAUCUGAGGAGCUGUGGGGACCUUAGCUCGUUCACCUGUUCCUCACCCGAGGUUCUGGAACGUGGUGGAAAUCGUAGGGCUGGGUCAAGGGCAGGUUCCCACUGGGAUCAGACCGCCCGCCCCCACAGCCUGAUUGGAGUCUUCAAAGAGACGAUACUGUAAAGAAGCACAGCUGGAGUCUGAACCAUCAUGGGUUGAAGGGUCUGUGUGUAUGAUGUGUGUGAAUACAAAAAGCCACAAACAUUGUUUUCUAGGCUCAAAUCUGACAUUUGAGACGCUUGCAUUCGUUCAUGUGACCUUUAAUGUCAGUAUUUAAUGGUCCCAUGAGGAACCAUGUGUACCACUGUACUAACGAGCUUUGUUUAUAGAACAUUUAUACAACUUGUAUGUUAAACUA